UUCCACUCUUUACUCACUUCCCUAUUUUUUUUCCCGCUUUCUCCAUCUUGGCUUUCACGUUUGUUUUCUUUUUGUUGCUAGGAUUUCCCUUCUGUCGUUUCUUUUCCUUCGUAUCUCAAUCUCAGUCGAAUCGGUAAAACCCACCAUUUUCACACCUUUUUGCUGUCCAUUUCUCUUCCACCAGACCGAGCCGACUUUCCACUUAAUCGUAUCUCAAUCUCAGUUGAAUCGGGAAAACCCACUUUCACACCUUUUUGCUGUCCAUUUCUCUUCCACCACACCAAUACCUAUACCAAGCUAUGUCGGAACCAGAUUGUGCUAUUAUAGACCAGGAUGGCAGUGUGUAUUAUGGAAUGCUAAAGAUUUCGGGAAAAGAAAUUAACUCCACUUUCUUGGCGUUUAAAGAUGAAGAGAAAGCUUUGGAACUAUACACACAUUUAGUGGAGCAUCAAGAUGAUUGGAUUUUAUGCUGCCAUCAUCUUGUACGGUAUCAAGAUGAAUGGCUGGUUGCAUUAGAAUAUUCUAAAAAUAUUGUAACAUAUUUUAGAGAAAGGAUGGCGAGGUGGGAAAGUAGUAACCGAAAUGAGCCUGAAUGGUUCAAUUAUAUUAGUGAGGAUUUCGGUAAGAUCUUAAGGGAUGUGGCUUGUAUAUGGGCUAAAAGUAAUAAGAGCAUUCAUACGCAAGAUCCGGUAAAGUCUAUAUUCAUCACUAAUUUCAGUGGGAGGGUAAAGUUUUUACCCAAUUUAAAUGCAUCUGAUCAACCAAUGGAAGGUGAUAUUGAUCAGUUAAAAUAUUUGAUGAACUACAUCGUCAAUAUGCCAUUCGGAUCUGUUAUCCAGAAUUAUCAGAAAUUCAAUAUGCCGAAUGAACUAUUAUGUUUUCUUACCCAGCUCAAUUUUCGAAACUUAAAAUUCAUGAGUCCCGCGUUUCUACUGGAUGCGCCUUUAUUUUGGAGACCUGUUGAUAAGUUCCAUUUUAUUAUCAAUCUGGAUCACAUCAUGAAGCGUGGAGAGAUUAGUGUGUCACUUUUUGACGGUUGCCUAGAUCGCUUGAGAAAAAAAUAUUCAUAUGAUUGGGUGUUGGUGGUGAGUCAGCAUCCGGUGCUUAAUUCUAUACUCGAGCAUCAAGAUUUUCGUCAAUCAAGCAAUUACCAUGCCUCUGUAGUACGGUACUGCUCUAAUGUUUACCGUCAUUACAACGAUAAUACAGCACGAAAAAUUAGCAUCAUUAACAUUGAGAACGAGUUGAGCAUGCUACUGCCAGAGCUGUAUCUUCAUCUAUUUGAAGGUUUAAUCUUUUAUGCAAAAGGAAAAAAUAUCAGGUACCCAAUUUUUUCGAAAUCAAUUAUUUCUGAAAAUCCAUGAAAGGCCCCAACUGGAACGUGUUGGUGCAUGGAGUUGUGUUAAGCCCCAUGUUGAUGGUGAAGAGAGACUUUGAAGAUGCCGUCAAUUAUUUUGGUUAAAACUUUGAAGUUGUUGAUGUAAUUGGAUGCUUUCUUUUUGGAUACCGAAAUAUUGACAAUGUUAAAAGUAUAUAGUAUUGUGAUUUUGCACUUUAUUCAGUUUUCUUAAGGCCGUCUCUCUUGCCCUUCAAAUAAAACCCAUUACGAGGUUUGAAUUUUUAUAACAGCCCAUGGAUUCCAUGAAAUUUGAAAGGGACCCAGAUGGUUUCGCCUUCAAUUUUGGUGAUGUCUCGUCUUAUCACGCUGAAAAAUAUGGUUCUUACGAUGGUUUUAACAAAGGGUUUCAAUCAUCUCCACAACACGUUUCGAUGUGUUUAGACUCCACCUUUCUUGGGCUGCAAGGUACUGGAUACGAAAAGGGUGAUUCAUUUGGGUCUUAUAGUAUUGGUUACAAUCAGUCCAAUGAUUUGUCUUCAGUACCGAGUUGGCAUGAUAACCAAAGAAACUAUCUUUUGGAGCAGAGAAUGGAACAGAGUAGGGGAUUGGAUAAUAGGGGGAUGUUGCUGCAGGGUGCUUUUACCACUAGGCCCUACAUUGGUAACCCUUUUGUUUGUUCCCAGCAAUGUGGAAUUGAUGGUAAUGGAGGAAGAGCUGCCAUUGAUUCAUUGAGUUCUCCUGGGUUCUUGCACAGUAAGAUUCCUCUUGAGGAGAAUGUAAUGGAGGAUCAUAGUGUUAUCAUUCAAGGAAGAGGUUUGAAAUAUGAUAUCGAGAACAAGGGCUUUGAUUCGUUCAAAUGUUGUAAGAAAAAGACUCUCAAGGAGUUUGGAUUGCAAAACCUGCAAGAGAAAAACUCUAAACUUGAUAAAAGACAUGGAGAAAAUGUGAUACUGAUGCCAAGUCCAUAUUCCUCAGUUGAGUUUCAAGGUUGUAUAUAUUACAUGGCUAAGGACCAGAAAGGUUGUCGCUUCCAACGAAGGAUAUUUGAUGAAGGAAGCUGCUUGGAUGUUCAAAUUAUAUUCAACGAGGUUACUGAUAACAUUGUUGAACUAAUGAUGGAUCCCUUUGGAAACUACCUUGUCCGAAAGUUACUAGAUGUGUGUAACGAAGACCAAAGGCUGCAGAUUAUUCUCACUGUGACCAAAGAAACCGGACAGCUAGUGAGGAUUUCCUUGAACACAUAUGGUACACGUGUGGUACAGAAGUUGAUUGAGAUUCUCAAAUCCAGACAACAGAUUUCUCUUAUCAAAUCUGCUCUUAAACCUGGAAUUCUUGAUCUCAUCAAGGAUCUUAAUGGGAAUCACGUGUUGCAGCGCUGCUUGCAAUGUCUUAACAAUGAAGAUAAUAAGAUUAUUUUUGAUGCUGCUGCAAAAUUUUGCAUAGACCAUGGCUGCUGUGUGUUGCAACGUUGCAUUGCUCAUUCCAAUGGACCACAUCGAGAUAAGCUAAUCACUCAAAUUUCCAGAAAUGGACUUCUUCUUGCUCAGGAUCCUUUCGGGAACUAUGUUGUUCAGUACAUUAUAGAGCUGAAGGUCAACUCUGGCAACUUACUAUCUCAGUUCAAAGGGCACAAUGUUCAUCUCUCAAUGCAGAAAUUCAGCAGCCAUGUGGUUGAAAAAUGCCUCAAGCAUUUUGCAGAGAGUAGAUCUCAGAUCAUCCGUGAGUUAACCUAUGUUGUUCACUUUGAACAAUUAUUGCAAAACCCAUUUGCCAACUAUGUAAUUCAAUCUGCUUUAGUAGUAACCAAGGGUCCUCUACAUGCUUCUCUAGUAGAUGCGGUUCGACCACACACGAUCCUUCGUACCAGCCCGUAUUGCAAGAGAAUUUUCUCAAGGAACCUCCUAAAGAAGUGAUCGAAGUCACUUUGCCAAAGUGUUGUUGUUCGUCCAAAGUUUGCUAGCUUGUUCAGUACAAAAUAAGUAAAUGUCCUGGGAUUACUAGAUAGAGAAUGUAAGACGAAGCUACUGGUGCUGAAGUCUUUGAUGAAAAGACUUACAGCCUCAGAUCAGCGGAUCAUCUGCUUUGGAAAGAGUCCUAAGGAUGUAGAAGAAAAAUUUUGCUUCUAGUUGUUUAUUAUGUAGUUGCAACUUGUAUUAUUCUGUUGUCUUGUUGUUGUCUUAUGGAGCCAAACUUUGGAUGUAUGAUAUUUUUAUCACGUUCAAGGACUUCAAUUUCUGCUUAGGAAUGUUGCAAAUCUUAUGCCCCAAUUUCCCUUUUUCUCAUUUGGAAUUUGGAAAAUAAUUGAACAUCA